AUGUCUGAUCUUUUGAAUACAUUCUCGACGACAAAUAGCAACGACUUUAGAUGGCCUUACCAGAGACCGCUUUUGGCGAUACCGAGUCAACCACCUAGAUUUAUAAAUAAAAAUUCAAAUUUAUAUCAACCUCGAAUAGAUCCAGACGAAUGUAAAUGUAAUUAUCAUAAUAUUGAGACUGAUUUAACCAGAUAUAAAAAAUUAUUGGGUAUUGAACAUCACCUUUGCAAUAAUGUCGUCAAAGUAAAUCGUGAAAUAACGAAAUUAGUCUCGAGUAUGUUAGAAAAUUCAGAAAACGACGAUCAAGUUAUGAAAAGUGUUUAUCAAAUUGCUCAUCAAAAAGGCAAACCAACAGACUAUAGAUCACUGAUGGCAGCAGCGGAUUCGCCAGUUGGAUUUCCGAUAGAGCCAGAGGUUUUCGAGCUGAAAGAAGCUUACAGAGAUCCUACGAGAUUCAGAUUCAGUAAUAAAGAAAUACCGAGCAUCCAACCAGCGAAACCAAUCGAUUUCAAACGAGUACCUGAAACUUUUGACAUGUGGAACAAACCGUUCAUUGGACGGUCCGAGUACAUGGACACUAUCAGCAAACUGGGAUCGAGUAAUUUGAAACACUACAAGCAGUACCUCGAGCCCUGUCCGUCUUCAAGACGUCGAUGGGGUGAUCAGAAUCUUUAA